AUGGCGAAGGAAGAAGAUGAAGAGAAGAAAGCCAAGAAAGGGAAGAAGGGGAAGAAGGCCCCAGAGCCAGAGAAACCCAAACGGAGCCUGAAGGGCACAUCUCGGCUCUUCAUGGGUUUCCGAGACCGCACACCCAAGAUCUCCAAGAAGGGCCAGUUCCGGAGCGCAUCGGCCUUCUUCUGGGGCCUGCAUACGGGCCCCCAGAAGACCAAGCGCAAGAAGAAGGCCCGCACGGUGCUCAAGUCCACCUCCAAGCUCAUGACACAAAUGCGCAUGGGCAAGAAGAAGCGGGCAAUGAAAGGCAAGAAGCCAUCCUUCAUGGUGAUCCGUUUCCCAGGCCGGCGCGGUUAUGGCCGCCUCCGGCCCCGCGCCCAGUCGCUCAGCAAGGCGUCCACGGCCAUCAACUGGCUCACCAAGAAAUUCCUCCUCAAGAAGGCUGAGGAGUCAGGCAGUGAGCAGGCCACGCUGGAUGCCUGGUUCCAGCGCUCGGGCUCCCACAUGGGCUCGCGCAAACUGCCCUUUCCGUCUGGUGCCGAGAUCCUGCGGCAGGGAGGCCGGCUCCGCAGGUUUCCUCGCAGCCACAGUAUCUACUCAUCCGGCGAGCCUGUGGGCUUCCUGCCCUUCGAGGAUGAAGCCCCGUUUCAGCACUCCGGCUCCCGCAAGUCAUUUUACGGGCUUGAGGGCUUCCAGGACCUGGGAGAGUACUAUGACUACCACCGUGAGGGCGACGACUACUAUGAUCAGCAGUCGCUGUACCACUAUGAGGAGCAGGAGCCCUACCUGGCUGGCUUUGGCCCCUACAGCCCAGCCUGGCCACCCUAUGGCGACCACUACUAUGGGUACCCACCCGAAAACCCCUAUGACUACUACCACCCUGAAUACUACAGCAGUUCAUUCUACCGGGGAUAUGGGUACGGCUAUGAUGAUUACGAACCCCCAUACGCACCCCCAUCAGGGUACUCAUCUCCAUACAGCUAUCCUGACACAUUUGAGGGCGAGGCCUACCCAUACAGCUACUACCUGGAUCCCUAUGCACCUUACGACAUGCCGUACCCACCCUAUGACCUGCCAUAUGAUGCUCCCUACAACGUACCUUACUUUGAUCCCUAUGGGGUCCCCUACACCGUCCCCUAUUCCGAAGGCAUCUAUGGUAGUGGGGACGAGGCCAUCUACCCCCCUGAAGUGCCCUACCUUUAUCCAGAGGAGUCAGCCUUUGCAUAUCCCUGGGUGCCACCGCCCAUCUUGUCACCCCACAACCCUUAUGCUCACCCCAUGGAUGACAUCACGGAGCAGGAGGAACCUGAGGACACCGGUGGGGAGCCACAGAGCACCUCCUUCCGUCUGCCCAGCUCUGCCUUCUUCGAGCAGCAAGGCAUGGACAAGCCUGCCAGGUCCAAGCUAUCCCUCAUCCGCAAGUUCCGCCUGUUCCCCAGGCCUCAGGUGAAGCUGUUUGGGAAGGAGAAGCUGGAGGUGCCCCUGCCCCCCUCCCUGGACAUUCCACUGCCCUUGGGGGAUGCAGAGGAAGAAGAGGAAGAAGAGGAGAUGCCCCCAGUGCCCUACACCCAUCCUUACUGGGGCUUCCUCACGCCACGCCAACGAAACCUCCAGCGGGCCUUGUCAGCCUUCAGUGCCCGUCGAAGCCUGGGCUUCAGCCCUGAGUUUGGCCACCCCACGCCUCGCCCAGCCACCUCACUGGCACGGUUCCUCAAAAAGACUCUGUCAGGAAAGAAGCCCAUCCCUCGCCUCAGAGGCAGCCAGAAGGCCCAAGCAGGGAGCCCUGCAGCCAGGGAGGCGGCCUACAAACGCUUUGGCUACAAGUUGGCCGGCAUGGACCCAGACCGGCCCAACACGCCUAUCAUGCUGAGGCGGGCUCAACCCCGGGCUCGCAACAACUCCCACCACCGGCCACCCUCACCUGCACCAGCACGCAGGACCCUGGCCCACUGGAGCGCAUUCGUCUCCCCUCCAGCACCCCAGCAGCCCCCCAGGCCAGGCCCACCGCCUGCCCCACCCUUCUCCCCAACUCUCUCUGGCCUGCCUCUGACAGCCUCACCCUAUGGUUCCCUCCACCAGCACCCGCCACCCUGGGCUGCCCCCACUCAUGUGCCCCUAGCACCCCAGGCAAAUUGGUGGGCCUUUGUGGAGCCCCCUCCCAUAAGCCCAGAGCUUCCCCCAGACCAGCUGGCCUAUCCUGCACCCCGCCCUUCAUUCAGGGCCUCGCACCGACGAGGGGCAGCCUUAGGCUUCCCCAGAGUCUCCCCAAUGGCAUUGAGAAGGCGGGCCUGGCCUCCUCUGCCCUCACCCCAGCCCUCCUUGAGGAGCCUGCCAGGUCCAGGCUAUCGCUCACCCUUGGGGCCCCUAUCCCCUCAGCUGUCCCUCUGUAGGGGUCCCUUCCAGCCACCCUUCCUGCCCUGGCCUCGCCAGUCUCGAUCACUACGGGAGCCCCCAGGGACACACCGAGCCUCUGGGCACCUGGGCCCACCCCGCUCCCCAGUGCUGGGUUCUCCCCGACCACCCUCGCCACCCCCAACAAUGGGCCCUGGCCCGCGGCAUCGGUCCCUCAAUCUUCCCUCGCACCUCCCACACACAUGGCGGCGCCUCAGUGAGCCACCCACUCGGGCUGUGAAACCACAAGUGCGCCGGCCCUUUCAUGCACCUCCCAGGGCUGGGUCCUGGAGGGCGGCCAUGGGACUUCUCGAGCACCAGGAGAGCCAGCGUGAGCCAGAGGAUUCGGGGACACCCUGGAUAGUGCCCCCGCUGGCCCCCAGCUGGGAUGUGGACUUGCCUCCCACUGAGCGCCCACCUUCCCCCUGGCCAAGAGGUGUGGGCAGCCUUCGAGGCUUUUCCAGGCCACCUCCUGUGCCUGAAAACCCCUUCUUCCAGCACAUGGACCCUGUACCACCCUCUACUCCUCAGCCUGAGGAUCCAGCCUUGGACUCAACUAGUGUCUUCCUCAGCAGACACCAUGACCCAGGGCCUGGACAGCUCAGCAAGUCAGCCAGCCCAAGCCUCAAGAAUCCUGAAGAUGAAACCAUGUCUGGGGACCCUCAGUCACUAGCAGAGUUUGAGCCCCCAACCCCAAUAUCUUCCAAGGAUGCCCCCCAAAAGCAGAAGGCAUUGAGGCGCAGCCUUUCAUACCCACUAGCCACAUGUGACCAGACAAAGGCCACAUGGCCGCCAUGGCGUCGUUGGAAGACACUGACUAGAGUCCCAGCUCCCUUGGCACCCACCAGGGUCCCAGUGCCCCUGUUCAAGGAGAGUGAGCAGCCCCAGGCUGGCCCUGGGCGGUUUGCUGUGGUUAUGCCCCAGGUGCGGGGGCUGAGUUCUUUUCAGCCAGCUGGGCCUGCUAUCCUGCAGCCCCCUGAACAGCCAGCCCAGGAUCCGCAGCACAGCCCAGAGUGCCAAGCCUGGAGUCUGCGCUGGUCCCGUUUCUGGCUACCAGCAGACAUCCAUUGGCCUUGGCCACGAAUACACGCCCGCUCCCAUUCCCACCACCUGGGCCCUGGAGCAGCCUGCCUACCCCUCAGAGGCCCCCGGAAAGAGGUUAGUCCCCAAAGCUGGCAGAACAAGAUGCACUCCAUCCGAAAUCUGCCUUCCAUGAGGUCCCGUGAGCAGUGCAGGGAGGAUGGUGUGGAGGACAUGACGCAGCUAGAGGACCUCCAGGAGACCACCGUGCUGUCCAACCUCAAGACCAGAUUUGAACGUAAUCUCAUCUACACAUACAUUGGCAGCAUCCUGGUGUCGGUGAACCCAUACCAAAUGUUCGGGAUCUACGGGCCAGAGCAGGUGCAGCAGUACAUUGGGCGGGCCCUAGGAGAGAAUCCCCCGCACCUCUUUGCAAUUGCUAAUCUUGCCUUCGCCAAAAUGCUCGAUGCCAAACAGAACCAGUGCAUAAUCAUCAGCGGAGAGAGCGGAUCUGGCAAAACCGAGGCCACGAAGCUGAUUCUGCGCUACUUGGCCGCCAUGAACCAGAAACGGGACAUUAUGCAGCAGAUAAAGAUCUUGGAGGCAACACCUCUCUUGGAGUCCUUCGGUAACGCCAAAACUGUCAGGAAUGACAACUCUAGCCGCUUUGGGAAGUUCGUGGAGAUCUUUCUGGAAGGGGGCGUGAUCUCUGGUGCCAUAACCUCCCAAUAUCUUCUGGAGAAGUCUAGGAUCGUGUUUCAGGCCAAAAACGAGAGGAAUUACCACAUUUUCUAUGAGCUGCUGGCUGGGCUGCCUGCCCAGCUCCGGCAAGCCUUCAGCUUACAGGAGGCUGAGACCUACUAUUACCUGAACCAGGGGGGGAACUGUGAGAUCACAGGCAAGAGUGACACAGACGACUUCCGCCGUCUCCUGGCCGCCAUGGAGGUGCUGGGCUUCAGCAGUGAAGACCAGGAUAGCAUCUUUCGCAUCCUGGCCUCCAUCUUGCACCUGGGCAAUGUCUACUUCGAGAAGUAUGAGAUGGAUGCACAGGAAGUAGCCUCUGUGGUGAGCGCUCGGGAGAUCCAGGCUGUUGCAGAGCUGUUACAGGUCUCCCCUGAGGGCCUGCAAAGGGCCAUCACCUUCAAAGUGACAGAGACCAUGCGGGAGAAGAUAUUCACACCCCUGACAGUGGAGAGUGCUGUGGAUGCCAGGGAUGCUAUCGCCAAGGUCUUGUACGCACUGCUGUUUGGCUGGCUUAUUGCCAGGGUCAACGCACUGGUGUCCCCACAGCAGGACACACUGUCCAUUGCCAUCCUGGACAUCUAUGGCUUCGAGGACCUGAGUUUCAACAGCUUUGAGCAACUGUGUAUUAACUACGCCAAUGAGAAUCUUCAGUACCUUUUCAACAAGAUCAUCUUCCAGGAGGAGCAGGAAGAGUACAUCCGUGAGCAGAUUGACUGGCGGGAGAUCUCCUUUGCUGACAACCAGCCCUGCAUUAACCUCAUUUCACUAAAGCCCUACGGCAUCCUGCGCAUCCUGGAUGACCAGUGCUGCUUUCCGCAGGCCACAGACCACACAUUCCUGCAGAAGUGCCACUACCACCAUGGCGCCAAUCCACUCUACUCCAAGCCGAAGAUGCCACUGCCCGAGUUUACCAUCAAGCACUAUGCAGGCAAGGUCACCUACCAGGUGCACAAGUUCCUGGACAAGAACCAUGACCAGGUGCGCCAAGAUGUGCUGGACCUGUUUGUGCGGAGCCGGACGCGGGUUGUGUCACACCUCUUCUCCAGCCUUGCCGCACAAACUGCCCCUCAGCGGCUGGGCAAGAGCAGCUCUGUUACCCGACUCUACAAGGCACACACAGUGGCUGCCAAGUUCCAGCAGUCGCUCCUGGAUCUGGUGGAAAAGAUGGAGAGGUGUAACCCCUUGUUUGUGCGUUGCCUGAAGCCCAACCACAAGAAGGAACCAGGUCUCUUUGAGCCAGAUGUGGUGAUGGCACAGUUACGCUAUUCAGGAGUACUGGAGACUGUGCGGAUCCGCAAGGAGGGCUUUCCAGUGCGACUGCCCUUCCAGGUGUUCAUCGACAGGUUCCGCUGCCUGGUGGCCCUCAAACACGACCUCCCAGCUACUGGGGACAUGUGUGUGUCAGUGCUAAGCCACCUGUGCACAGUCAUGCCAAACAUGUACCGUGUUGGGGUCAGCAAGCUGUUUCUUAAAGAACAUCUGCACCAACUGCUGGAGAGCAUGCGGGAACACGUGCUGAACCGAGCUGCCCUCACCCUGCAGCGCUGCCUCCGAGGCUUCUUCAUCCAGCGCCGAUUUCACUCCCUGCGCCGCACGAUCAUCCUGCUACAAAGCCGAGCCCGUGGCUACCUGGCCAGGCAACGUUACCAGCAGAUGAGGAAGAGUCUGGUGAAGUUCCGCUCCCUGGUGCACACAUAUGUGAAUCGUCGCCGCCACCUCAAGCUGAGGGCAGAGCGGAGGCGCCGGGUGGAGGAGGCAAGGCUACGGGAGCAGGAGGAGCUGAGCAAGCGGGAGGUGGUGGCUGUGGGACAUCUGGAGGUGCCAGCCGAGCUGGCCGGACUCUUGCAAGCAAUAGCAGGCCUCAAGCUAACCAGAGUGCCCCAAGUGGCCCCUGUGCGGACUCCCCGGCUCCAGGCUGAGCCCCGUGUCACUCUGCCCCUAGAUAUCAACAACUACCCUAUGGCCAAGUUCAUCCGGUGUCACUUCAAGGAGCCUGCCUUUGGGAUGCUGACUGUGCCCUUGAGGACACCCCUCACACGGCUGCCAGCUGAGCACCAUGCAGAAGCUGUUAGCAUCUUCAAGCUGAUUCUGCGUUUCAUGGGCGACCCCCACCUGCACGGUGCCCAGGAGACCAUACUCGGGAAUUACAUCAUACAGAAGGGGCUGGUGACCCCCGAGCUGCGGGAUGAGAUCCUGGCUCAGCUGGCCAACCAGGUGUGGCGCAAUCACAACUCCCAUAAUGCCGAGCGGGGCUGGCUGCUGCUGGCUGCCUGUCUCAGCAGCUUCACACCCUCCUCGCGUCUCGACAAGUUCCUGCUCAAGUUUGUGUCUGAUUAUGGGCAGAAUGGCUUCCAGGCUGUGUGUCAGCAUCGCCUCAUGCAGGCCAUGGGCCGGGCCCAGCAGCAGGGCUCAGGGGCCGCCCGCACCUUCCCCCCUACCCAGCUAGAGUGGAUAGCCACCCACAAGAAGGCCAGCAUGGCACUUGAUGUGAGCUGCUUCAAUGGCGACCAGUUCUCCUGCCCAGUGCACUCCUGGAGUACGGGAGAAGAAGUGGCUGGAGACAUUCUGAGGCAUAGGGGACUGGGUGAUGGCUGGCGGGGCUGGACAGUAGCCAUGAAGAAUGGAGUUCAGUGGGCAGAGCUGGCUGGUCACGACUACGUGUUGGACCUGGUGUCAGAUCUGGAGCUUCUCAGGGACUUCCCACGACAGAAGUCCUACUUCAUUGUGGGUGCAGAAGGGCCCAUGGCCAGCAGGGGAGGCCCCAGAGUGGUGUUCGGGAGCAGCUGGGACUCAGAUGAGGACACACCCACUAGGCCCCAGCCUCAGGGCCACAUACACAAAAUGCCUGACUCUGAUGGGUACUGCAGCCACAAUGAGGCCGAUACAAAUGGGGAGACUGAGGCCCAGAGAGGGACAGCGACCCACCAAGGGCAACCAGCAAUGGCUUCUGUCUCUGAUAGCCUUGGAGAGCCCACUGUGCCCCCCAGGAGGCUGGACUGCUACCUGGACAGCCUCUUCGACCCAGUACUGUCCUGCGGGGAUGCGGACCUAGAGAAGCCAACAGCCAUCGCCUACCGCAUGAAAGGUGGAGGUCAGCCUGGUAGAGGCAGCAGCAACAGUACCAAAGACACCCUCCGGAGACCCCCAGAGCCAAAGCCAAAGCCAAUCCCAGGUCUGGAUGCCUCCACGCUGGCUCUGCAGCAAGCCUUCAUCCACAAACAGGCUGUGCUAUUGGCCCGGGAGAUGACCCUGCAGGCCAUGGCACUCCAGCAGCAACCCCUGAGUCCUGACCUGAGACCCUUAACCCUAGAGAAACCUGUAGCACCAGAGGCCCAGCCAAAGUCUGUUGGCAUAGGCCUCCCUGCCAAGCCCGUGCUCCUGCGCCCUACUCCACAGCCCUCUGUUCCAGCACCUCUGACCAACGCUCCAAAGCCCCCCACCAAGCCUGUGGCUUCCCCCAUUCUAGCUCAGGACCGGACCUCUCCAGAAACCACCUCAGCCUGCCCGGAACUGGUUCGGUACUCAACACUCAACUCGGAGCACUUCCCACAGCCCACGCAGCAGAUCAGAAACAUUGUCAGGCAGUACCAGCAGCCAACCAGGGGAGGCCGCCCUGAGGCCCUCAGGAAGGACGGUGGGAAGGUGUUUGGGAAGCGGCCAGACCCACACGAGGAGGCUCUGAUGAUCCUAAAAGGGCAGAUGACUCACCUGGCAGCAGCACCUGGCACCCAGGUGUCCAGAGAGACUGUGGCCCUGGUGAAGCCGGUGACCAGUGCCCCGAGGCCAUCCAUGGGGCCCACUCCAGCGCUGCCUUCACGGUCGUUGGAGCCCCCGGAGGAACCGGUGCAGACUCAGCUGCAUCGCCCCAUCAACCCCAACUUCUACGGCUACCAGGACGCUCCCUGGCGGAUCUUCCUGCGCAAAGAGGUGUUUUAUCCCAAAGACAGCUACAGCCACCCUGUGCAGUUAGACCUCCUUUUCCGGCAGAUCCUGCAUGAUACACUGUCUGAGGCCUGUCUGCGCAUCUCUGAGGAUGAGCGGCUUAGGAUGAAGGCCCUGUUUGCCCAGAACCAGCUGGACACACAGAGGCCUCUGGUAACAGAAAGCGUGAAGCGGACGGUGGUCAGUAUCGCCCGAGACAGCUGGGAGGUCUAUUUCUCCCGCCUCUUCCCUGCCACGGGUAGUGUGGGCACCGGCGUGCAGAUCCUAUCUGUGUCUCACACAGGCAUCAAACUCCUCAGGAUGGUUAAGGGUGGCCAGGAGGCCAGCGGGCAACUGCGGGUCCUUCGGUCCUACAGCUUUGCGGAUAUCCUGUUUGUGACCAUGCCCUCGCAGAACAUGCUGGAGUUCAACCUGACCAGUGAGAAGGUCAUCCUCUUCUCAGCUCGAGCUCACCAGGUCAAGACCCUGGUGGAUGACUUCAUUCUGGAGCUGAAGAAGGACUCCGACUAUGUGGUCGCUGUGAGGAAUUUCUUGCCUGAGGACCCAACGCUUCUGGCCUUCCAUAAGGGCGACAUCAUCCAUUUGCAGCCCCUGGAGCCACCUAGAGUGGGCUACAGUGCCGGCUGUGUGGUCCGCAAGAAGGUGGUGUACCUCGAAGAGCUGCGGCGCAGAGGCCCUGACUUUGGCUGGAGGUUUGGUACCAUCCACGGGCGCGUGGGCCGCUUCCCCUCGGAGCUGGUGCAGCCUGCCGCUGCCCCCGACUUCCUGCAGCUGCCAGCUGAGCCAGGCCGGGGCCGGGCCGCGGCCGUGGCAGCUGCCGUGGCCUCUACAGUUGCUGCCCGGGAGGUGGGCCGCAGGAGAGAGGGUCCCCUAGUCAGAGCCUGCUCUGCUGACCGUGGGGAGGAACCUCUGGCGCUCCCACCAUAUACAAUGCUCGAGUUUGCCCAAAAGUAUUUUCGAGACCCUCAGAAGCGACCCCAGGAUGGCCUCAGGCUGAAAUCCAAGGAGGACCGGGAGUCCAGAACCCUGGAGGACAUGCUUUGCUUUACCAAGACCCCACUCCAGGAAUCCCUCAUCGAACUUAAAGACAGUAGCCUCAACAGGAUGGCCACUGACAUGUUCCUAGCUGUGAUGAAGUUCAUGGGGGAUGCCCCACUGAAGGGCCAGACUGAACUGGAUGUGCUGUGCACCCUCCUGAAGCUUUGUGGGGAUCAUGAGGUCAUGCGAGAUGAGUGUUACUGCCAAAUUGUGAAACAGAUCACGGACAAUACCAGCUCCAAGCAGGACAGCUGCCAGCGAGGCUGGAGGCUGCUGUACAUCGUAGCUGCCUACUACAGCUGUUCUGAGGUCUUCUACCCACACCUCCUCCGCUUCCUCCAACAUGUGAGCUGGACCCCGGGCCUGCCCUUCCAGGGAAUCGCCAAGGCCUGUGAGCAGAACCUGCAGAAGACUUUGCGCUUCGGGGGCCGUCUGGAGCUCCCCAGCAGCACAGAGCUUCGGGCCAUGUUGGCAGGCCGCAGUUCUAAGAGACAGCUCUUUCUUCUUCCUGGAGGCCUCGAACGCCAUCUAAAAAUCAAAACGUGCACUGUGGCCCUAGACAUGGUAGAGGAGAUCUGUGCUGAGAUGGCCCUGACACGCCCUGAAGCCUUCAAUGAGUAUGUCAUCUUUGUUGUCACUAAUCGAGGCCAGCAUGUGUGCCCGCUCAGCCGCAGAGCCUAUAUCCUUGAUGUGGCCUCAGAGAUGGAGCAGGUGGAAGGCGGCUACAUGCUCUGGUUCCGACGAGUGCUCUGGGAUCAGCCACUCAAGUUUGAGAAUGAGCUGUACGUGACCAUGCACUACAACCAGGUCCUGCCCGACUACCUGAAGGGUCUCUUCAGCAGCAUGCCAGCUAGCUGGCCCAGUGAGCAGCAGUUGCAGCAGGUGUCCAAGCUGGCUUCACUGCAGCACCGUGCCAAGGACCACUUCUACCUGCCCAGUGUCCGAGAGUACAUCCCAGCUCAGCUCUACCACAUAACAGCAGGUGCGGCCUGGCUCAACCUGGUCAGCCAACACCGGCAGCAGGCGCAGGCGCUCAGCCCCCACCAAGCCCGCGCCCAGUUCCUAGGUCUCCUCAGUGCCUUUCCUAUGUUUGGCUCCUCCUUCUUCUUCAUCCAGAGCUGCAGCAAUGUGGCUGUGCCAGCCCCCUGCAUCCUCGCUGUCAACCAUAAUGGCCUCAACUUCCUCAGCACUGAGACCCAUGAGCUGAUGGUGAACUUCCCCUUGAAGGAGAUCCAGUCUACACGGACCCAGCGGCCCACGGCCAACUCCAGUUACCCCUAUGUGGAGAUCGUGCUGGGGGAUGUGGCGGUCCAGCGCACCAUGCAGCUGCAGCUGGAGCAGGGUCUGGAGCUGUGUCGUGUGGUGGCCGUGCAUGUGGAGAACCUGCUCAGUGCCCGGGAGAAGCGGCUCACACUGCCCCCCAGUGAGAUCACCUUGCUCUGAUCCUAGUUACCAGACCUGCCAGAAGACCUGCUGUGUGGCCUCAAGGGGGUCUCUGGCCUUUCUGAGUCAGUGACCUUUGUCAGGGGCCAGAACCUUAGAAAAG